UAAAUUCAUCAAAUGGAAGCAACUUCUCAAACUAUAAAUUAAUUUAAAGGUAUCAUAUCCUAUAUCUCGUCUAUCAUAUAGGUUUGUAACAUUUCAGGCGACUUCAGCUGCACAAAAAUCAUACUUUGAUGUCAGAAAUGAUAAGCAAACUAUUAAAUUUCGAAACAUUCAACACAUCAAGCGGGUGGGAGUGCUAAAAUGGCUGUCAGACACCUGUCCGCAAUUGCUCAAGUUCGAUAAAACCAAAGUUAUUCCCAGCACGCUAUAAUCUGUUGCACUCCGCUGGCAACAGUUGGUCAGGGGAGUUCCCUCAGGUAAACAAAUGCACCUGAAUCAUUCACACUUUCCAUAAUUGUUGCCUCUAUUUUAUGGUUGUGCCACGCGCAGGCGCCAUCAACACGUGGCUGUAAACAAACCCAAGUUACUUGUUGCACUGCCCACGAACUUGGCUGAAAUGCAACAGUUUAUCGCAUGACUUCCGGCUGUAAAAGUUUUAGCGUUUCCAUCGAACAAGGCCUAGGUCGCGGCGUGAGCUCUGGGCGACGGUUCAGCGAACUCCAAACCAAAACCGCACUUAUGCUGGCAGCCAGCCAAGCCUGAAAAUCAAUAAAGAUAUAAACCCAAUCAACAACCGGUGGCUGCAACCAGUCGAUCCGAACUGCAGCCAUGUGGCAGUUGGCAUUGGCACUUGGCCUAAUCCGGCAACUCAGCCUGGCCAUCGUUGUGGAGCGCAACAUGUUCGCCUACUACAAGGUACCGGCAGCCCAGUUGCUUUUCGCCCAGGAGUCCCACUCCGACCCAGACUCCAGUUUCGACAUUGAUACGGAUUUCGCCUCCAGGGAGAUCAUCCAGCACGCCGGUAGCAGGGUCAAGGACUUGUACUACGUUCUACAAUGUCCGCCAAAGCUGAUGGAUGCUAUACCAAAGCCACAGGACAUGCAAACCUGCAGCGUAGUAGACGAGUAUCGAGCCAUGUUUCAGAAGAAGCCGCCAAAGCCCAAAAAACGACUGCACAUGGUUCCGUUUCGGAUCGUGCUUCGUCCCCUGGGACCACCGGCCAUGAGGCGUAAUCUGAAGCGCCGCAAGCGUCAGCACAAGGACGUCUCAAGGACAGCUACAGAGCAGGAGAACGAGAAGGAGGCCUCUAGUCCGCUGCAGCAUCUGGGACGCCCCCACGCCCGUCAAAAGCUACUCAAGCUGGCCGCCGAUCAUCGCCAGUUUAAGCGCGGAAAUAGCUCGAAGGGCUACCAGCAUAUGUAUCAUCGGGACGAGAUCUACAACGACCAUAUUUUUUACGACGAAGUCCAUACGGACGGGGAGUUCCAUAAUUAUGGAAAGGAGAAAUCCUGAUGGUGAAAUGGUGAU